GCUUCUAAUUUCAUGAGGGGGGCCCGUGUGCUGGCCAGGAGAGAAACUGAUGGCUAUUACUACCGAGGCCACAUUGUGAAAGAGGUGAAGGGCUCCGGGGAACGCUUUCUAAUUGAAUUUGACAAAAGUCGCACGCUGAAAGGCAAGGUACAGCUUCGCAUGCAGGAAACGCCUCUGUAUGACAUUCUUCACUAUGAAGAUGCCAGGCAACAGCCACUUGCUCCAGGAGACAGGGUUUUGGCACCAUGGGAGGCUAAAGCUGAGCGCUUUGGCCCAGGCACUGUGUUAAUGGUUAUGGAGGACAAGGAGACACGUUUAGCACACAACAGAAGGGGAGUGCUUGUGAAUUUCUGGAAUGGGCAGACUAAGGAGGUAACUUCUGACCAAGUUCUGCGGAUCCCUCUGCCCUUAAGUGAACGCAUCAUCCUAGAACUGCAAAUGCCUUUAGCAGCCAGGCAGAUGGUGAUAGCUUCAAGCUCAGAUUAUCCAUACGUUGUGGCACCGGGUUACAGAGCCUCAGGCUGUUGCAGACAGGAUCAUUCGUACCUGGACUACUGGCCAGGGGGUCUGUAUUCGAUUCAGCCGUGUGUCAAGUGCAGCUAUAGGUGUAUCUCACUUCCCCACUGCUGCCUUGCAGCCUGGGCACCAACACAGCCUACAAGGAGCAAUGUACAACAAGAAGAUGCCCUCAUCCCGGGAACAAACUUGACUAAAGAAGAGCUGAGCAGAAAAAUAGAAAAGCAGCUGUCUGAAGUGAAGAUCUCCAUUUCAGAAAGUGUUUCCAGAAAGGAAGAGAAAAAAGAAGAGAAGAGAUUGAAGACUGAAAAUGUGCCAAAAGAUGUUCAGUCUUGCAUGGAAGAGGACAAUGAGGUUAUAGAACCUAAGAAGCAUCCUCAGAGGGAGAUGGCUCAUACUAUGGUCAGUACUGCUGUCAAUACAGACAGCUGGUUAAUGGAGUCAGUACACAAGGAAGAAGCACACAGCAGACAGCAGAAAGACAAUACUGAGGCUCAUCUUAAACAUGAUCAUGGUCUCUUUGAGUGCAGAGUGGCAGAAACUGCAAUCCAGCAUUCUCAGAGGAGCCCUUCGAGAACUAGUGCUUUGGGUCCUUUCAGGCACCAAAGAUUCUUUGACCGAGUAGAUCAAUCACUAAAGACACACAGCCUGACCAUCAAAUCAGCUCUACGUGUGCAGAGACCACACAGUAUCUCCAAUAUGCAGGCUAAGAGAUCCACAAAUCUUCUAAAUCUUGUAAAAGAGAAGGGCGUUACAAAAUCAAUCCUUAAGAGUGCAUCUGAAUUAAAACGGAAAGAGAUGGAUUUUAAUGAAGUCAAGAUGGAGCACAAAAGGCACCAAGAGGAACAGAGGCAGCUGAAGAGGGAGCAGCAGCAAAAGGCAGAUGGUGUCCGACGCCAGCUGCUCAGGGACAACCAGAGGCAGCGAUUGCUUCAGAGAACAUUGCAAGUGUUGGAGAAACAGCAAGAGCAAAAAGACAGAGCUUCCCAGCGCAUGGCACUGCUCCAAGCUGCCAUGGCAGAGAGAAGCAGGAAGGAAUCGUCCUUGCUAGAGGAGGAGAAGAGAAAGGCAAGUCAGAGGCUACAGUUCUUAAAGACACAGCGUUCGGAGAGAGAGGCAUUUUUCGCAGAACACAAUGAAAGCAACUUUGAACACGAGAAAGAGAGACUGGAUUUGCUCAGAAGCAGAAUACAGUCACGGCAAGAAAUGUGGGAACAAGAAUCACAGGAGCAGGACAGGCAGCAAAAGCAGCACCAGGCUGCGAAAAGGAGAGCGUUCCAGAACAGAGACCGUUCCCACCAGAAGAUGGAAGAGGAAGGCAAAAAACACUGUGACCGCCAGCAAUACCUCAGAGACCAGAAUCUUUUGACGCUCUGGGCAUCACUACUAGAGUGAAGAAGCUGCAGUGUGGGUAAGCAGGUCCUUGAGCAUUUCACAAACCUGCUCUGCAUCUCUUGUAGGUGUGAGUCAGUGUGCUGGAGCUCAGGAAACAGUGCAGUUGUAACAAGCAGAACUACAUUUCCUGCAGACAUCUUAUAUCUUUCUUUUUUUUGCAGCCAGAGGGCAUUUUCACUACUCUGUCCUUUGCAAACCUUCCUCUCUGUAGGUACUAUUCUAGCCCACCUGUUCAGUGUGUACA